AGUUUAAACAAACGCCACCUGGGUUUAGUUCUGCGCUAAAACCCUUUCCUCAACUCAACCAGGAAACCACAACCGUUAUGCACAUUCUAUUUCGUUUCCCUGCCGUCACCCGCCGCAACUACCUGCUAUUCCGGCAGUACAAGGCGGCGAAGAAAGCACCGUUACCUGCAGCAACCCCUCCAAAAGCUCCAAAGAAGCCUCAGAAGUUCAGCUUCCAUGGAGUGACAUGGGAGGAUCCUUACAGCUGGAUGUCGAACCUGAGCGAUAAAGUAGCGAUGCGUCACAUGGACGUGUACAUGGAGCAAGAGGAGAAGUACACCGAGGCCGUAAUGUCUGAUUCUGAACGUCUCCUCAACAAGCUUCACUUCGAAAUGGCAUCCCGAGUUCCUUUUGACCUUUCCACUCCUCCUCUUCGCUGGGGGCCUUGGUUGUAUUAUCGUCGUGUUGAAGAAGGGAAACCUUACCCUGUGCUUUGCAGAAGAUUGGCAAGCUUGAACGACAGUUUCAUUUCGCAUAAGUAUCCUCCUGCUGGCUUUGAUUUUACGACAGGGAAGACAAUUGAACAGAAGUUGGUUGACUAUAAUCAAGAGGCAGAGAGAUUUGGAGGUUAUGCUUAUGAGGAACUUUCUGAGGUUUCACCAAACCAUCAGUUUCUUGCCUAUACUAUGUAUGAUAAAGACAAUGACUACUUCAAAUUAUCUGUGAGAAAUUUGAAUUCGGGUUCAUUAUGCAGUAAACCUCAGGCAGAUCGAGUUUCAAAUUUAGCAUGGGCUAAAGAUGGCCAGGCACUGCUUUAUGUUGUAACAGAUCAGAAAAUGAGGCCAUACCGGAUUUAUUACAGUCUUAUAGGAUCAACUGAUGAAGAUGUUUUACUUUUGGAAGAAUCAGAUGAAAAUGUUCACAUUGGUAUAAGGCACACAAAAGACUUUAAGUUUGUGACUGUGAAUACAUUCUCCACCACAUCAUCAAAGGUCUUUCUAAUAAAUGCAGCUGAUCCAUUAUCUGGCUUGAAACUUGUCUGGGAGUGUGAUGCUAUAGCUCACUGCAUAAUUGAACAUCACCGAGGUUAUCUCUAUUUAUUUACCGAUGCUCCCAAAGGUGGGAAAUCUGUUGAUUAUCAUUAUCUUCUUUGUAGCCCAGAGGACACUGAUUCAAAUCCAAGAAAAUGGGAGGAGGUACUUAUUGAUGACCCGGAUUUGGUUAUUGAGGAUGUUGAUUUUAGUGAUAAAUACUUAGCACUCAUUGUCAGGGAAAAUCAAAACUUUAAACUUUGUUCAAUUGGACUGCCACUGCUCUUCGGGAAGGGGGCAGUUAAACUGAGGAAGCUCGACCUGCAGUACUUGUCUCUUCCAAAACAUGUUUGUCAAAUUUCACCUGGACCAAAUUAUGACUUUUUCUCACCAUUCAUGCGCUUUAUAAUAUCAUCUCCUGUGAUGCCUGAUGCUGUGGUUGAUUAUGACCUAGCAACCAGUAAGUGGAAUAUCAUUCAACAACAAAAUAUGCUUCAUGACAGAACACGAAUAUUAUAUGGUACAAAUUCUGCAAGUGUAAGCUUGGAAUCCCCAAAUGCAAAAUACUCCAGUCCUGUGAAUGCCAACUUGGAAGAUGACCACUCAUGGAAUGACCUGUCUGAGUUUUAUGCCUGUGAACAAUAUGCUGUACCUUCAUUUGAUGGGGUUCUGAUUACAUUGACUAUUGUUUCUGCACGUGACAAUAAGCCAAAAGAUGAAAAACCUGGGAUAUUGCAUGGUCAUGGAGCUUAUGGUGAGUUACUCGACAAACGGUGGCGUAGUGAAUAUAAAAGCCUUCUGGACCGUGGUUGGGUCAUAGCCUAUGCUGAUGUUAGAGGUGGAGGUGGUUAUGGUAAGAAAUGGCAUCAUGAUGGGAGACGAGCUAAGAAACAUAAUUCAAUCAAUGACUAUAUCUCCUGUGCUAAGUUCCUCAUAGAAAAAAGUAUUGUGCAUGAAAAUAAAUUGGCUGCUUCGGGAUAUAGUGCUGGAGGACUUUUGGUUGCUGCUGCUAUUAACCGUUUUCCAGAUUUAUUUCGUGCUGCAGUCUUGAAGGUUCCCUUUUUAGAUGCAACCAACACUCUCUUGCAUCCCAUCUUACCACUUGCAGCUGAUGAUUAUGAAGAGUUUGGCUACCCUAGGGACCUCGAUGAUUUUCUUGCGAUUCGAGAAUAUUCUCCAUAUGACAAUGUUCAAAGGGAUGCUCUUUAUCCAGCGGUAUUAGUAAGCUCAUCUUUCAAUACACGAUUUGGAGUGUGGGAAGCAGCUAAAUGGGUAGCACGAGUUCGUGACCUUUCAAUUUAUGACCCGAAACGGCCAAUAUUGCUGAAUCUGACCACAGAUAUAGUGGAGGAAAACCGUUAUUUGCAAUCCAAGGAAUCAGCAUUAGAGGCUGCUUUUCUCAUUAAGAUGAUGGAAUCCUAGAUAUGCCAACUGAUGAUAAUCUGCACGUAGUUGGCACUUGUGAUAGACCUCCAUAUGGCAAAUCUGGUGCUAAAAUUGAGAUUGUACUUCUGGAUGAACCAAGACCCAAUCAAGUGCUCCUCAUGGAAAAUUCUUGCUCUCCAAUGUUCGUUUCCAACUGGUUGUUCCCUCCUACUUACGUCAUUUAAUACUAAAACACCCAACAGAAUUUGUACAAAUUACCUUUGCUGGUUUAUCACGCACGGACCGGACCUUGGUCGCUUUGUUGUAAAAGAAUUUGAGGUUCAUAAUAUGUAAAUGUCACAGCCUUGUGGAUUAAUAAAGGACACAAUGCAAUUUUGGUCAUAA